AUGCUUGUGUCGUCGUCACAUCCAGACCGCAUCCCCAUGCUCUCGCCGGAAACCAUCAGGGCUCUCAAGUAUUACAAACACGAAGUGGCCGCAUACACCCUCCGCCAGUGGAACAAUGCAAAGAUCGAGUCCGAGAGAAAAGAGCGAGAUAGGAGGCGACGACGCGCGGAUUUGAUCGCUCAGAGAACAGCCGCGGCCGCGGCUAGCUCGCCUAAGACCACGGCGGCUACUCACCAGCAUCAUCAUCAUGCGGUGAGAGGCGUUUCCGACUCUUCUUCCGAUCCGCGGCGCCCGCCCGGUGCAUCGGGGAUGCAUACGAGCGUGGCUGGUGCCAGUUUGGGCAAACAGCGGACCAGUGGAAGCGACGAGAAUGAAAAUGGACCUUUGAUGAUGGUCAGUCGAAGGCGCUCAGAACGCGCACAGACCACAAUCACGCAGGCACCCCGUUCUUCAUACGGUGCUGGCUCAACUCACUUGCCUGCAUCGCUACCAGUAGUACCACCUCAUUAUCCACGCCACCAUACGGCUGCACCGGUUGUCCAAUCUGCAGUCGGUAAGCACCGCCAGCACCGCGCUCAUGAACCGCACCGUUCACAGCACCAACGGCCCAACUCCAAGUCUCAUUCUCCUGCCCGCCUUGGAGCUCUUGAUCAAACCUCCAACCUCCCAUCGUAUGCUUUUGACAGACCAACCAUCCACCAUCUUGAGUCCGUUCUGGCAACCCUUGAUCUGGACGAGUCGCAUCGUCCAUCGGGUUCGGCUUCGACGCCACCAAUUCCUAUUCCUCCUCGUUCCAAGGAGGAACAAGACCAGGAUGAAGACUCACUUGUGCAAUCUGUGCCCAGCAAUAUCUCUCCCUCGUCUUCGUCGUCCAGCCACCACCGGCCUGCACGUGCUCUAGGCUUUGCGGCGCAUCUCGGCAUGACGAGCAUCUCAAACGACGACGCCUCAGGUAGCAUUGCGUCGUCCUCUGUCGGUCUAACUGAUUCGGCAUCUACGUCGAACCCGACGUCGGAAGGAAGCUCUCGUAUGGGCUCGUUCUCCGAGACGGGCCAUGCGCUGCACAAUGUUCGCAUUGCGCUCAAAGAUAUUUCAGAGGUGACUCCGAUGGCCGACGAUUUGGACGCGUGGCCGAUUAGAAUGUACGGCGACGGUAUUCGCGUCCAAGGGGAUGACGAUCACGUUGUCGGGCCGCUGGAGCACCACUGA